AUGGCUCGAACAAAACAAACUGCCCGCAAAACCACUGGUGGUAAAGCUCCUCGUAAACAACUUGCUGCUAAAGCUGCUCGUAAAUCAGCACCUGCUACAGGUGGUGUCAAGAAACCUCACCGAUACCGUCCGGGUACCGUAGCCCUUCGUGAAAUCAGGCGAUACCAAAAAUCCACAGAACUCCUGAUCCGAAAGCUACCAUUCCAACGUCUUGUUCGAGAAAUUGCUCAGGAUUUCAAGACCGAUCUGAGAUUUCAAUCAUCAGCCGUGAUGGCCUUACAAGAAUCGGCAGAAGCAUACCUCGUAGGACUUUUUGAGGAUACCAACCUCGCUGCAAUUCAUGCUAAACGAGUGACGAUCCAGCCCAAAGAUAUCCAGUUGGCUCGUCGAUUACGCGGUGAACGCUCUUAG